CCAGGUUUUACGCAUAGAUAAAGCAUUACAUGAAAGUUCAUCUGUUAUUUUGGAUGGAAGUGGGACAGCCAUACAAUUGAAUUAGUAGAAAAAAUAAGGUGGCAUUUAAUAACCCAGUUUAUUGGGUAAAAACCAUAAGUUUCACGUUGACAAUAAUUCGUCUUGCAAAUCUUGGUACAAUGUUUAUUUUCCUGAUUCAAAAUUAAAAUUUCCCAGAAAAUUUCUAUCAAUGGCAACGAUGAACACUGAAUCUGUGACAGAAUUUUUAGGAGGAGUUCCACUGCUUCAACGAUUACCCACUUCAUCUGUCAAGAAAAUUGCUGAGCUUGUAAAAGUGAAGCAUUUUGACAGUGGAGAGUAUGUUAUUCGUAGGGGAGAAAGUGGAGAUGGCGUGUAUUUUGUCUGGGAAGGGGAGGCUGAAGUUUGUGGACAUUCAGAGGAAGAAGUUGGUCCAGAGUUCUUGAUAAAACGCUAUGACUAUUUUGGCAAUCGUUCCCCAACAUCUGAGCAACAGGCAGAUGUGAUUGCAUCAUCCAAGUUGACCUGCUUGCUGCUGCCCUGUGACCACUGUGAUUUGCUGUUGCCAAAUUCAAUUUGGAAUGCUGGCGAAAGACAACAGGCCUGUGCACCUGUUGAGAGCAUAUUACAUUUGGAUCCCAUUGAGGUAAACCUAUUUCAAGGGACCACCUUGCCUGAUGCUCCAAGUUUAGAAUUUGGAAAGGUUUUUGGAGGACAAUUUAUGGGCCAGGCAUUGGCUGCAGCUACAAAAACUGUUGAUUGUCUAAAAAUUGUCCAUCAUUUGCAGGCUUAUUUCCUUCUUGUUGGAGACUGUGAUAUUCCAAUUAUAUAUCAAGUUCACCGCGUCCGUGAUGGGAAAAGAUUUUCCACCAGAAGAGUUGAUGCAAUACAAAAAGGAACUGUUGUUUUCACAUUGCUUGCGUCAUUUCAAAAAGAAGAACAUGGGUUUGAGCACCAGGAAUCAAUUAUGCCGUCGGUGCCAGCUCCAGAAACGCUACCAGCAAUGGGAGAGCUGCGUGAACGACGCAUUAGCGAUCCUCGACUUCCCAGGACCUACCGCGAGAAAAUGGUCACGGCAAAGUUGGAUCCACCCAUAGAGUUCCGAUUUUGUGAUCCAAAUACUUCCACUAACCAGAUGGAAAGCCCUGCAAAAUCACAGUACUGGUUCAGAGCGAAAGGAAGUCUAUCAGAGGACCAGGCUUUGCAUAGAUGUGUUGUGGCGUAUGCUUCGGAUCUGUUGUUUGUUGGAGUAAGCGGCAACCCUCAACGUAAGAGGGGCCUGGAGAUCAGUAUUUUCAGCUUGAAUCAUACGAUGUGGUUUCAUAGGCCCGUAAAAGGUGAUGAUUGGUUAUUAUUUGUGAUAGAGAGUCCAUCCGGCCAUUCUGGACGUGGCUUAGUUGUUGGUCGUAUGUUCAAUAGGAGCGGAGAGCUUGUCGUAUCAGUGGUUCAAGAAGGUUUACUUAGGGAGGUCCGAAGACCAGGUACGCAGAUCAGAGCAAAAUACUGAAAUACACAGCCAGAGAUCUUGCUAUACAUCCUUGUCUGCAACCUUAUCUUGCUGUGCAAUAGAAGUAGAGUGAGUCUAUGUAUUUCAGGUCUGCAACCUUAUAUUGCUGUGCAAUAGAAGUAGAGUGAGUCUAUGUAUUUCAGGUCUGCAACCUUAUCUUGCUGUGCAAUAGAGGUAGAGUGAGUAUGUAUUUUAGAUCAUCUCCAUUUUUCUGUAGAUAGUAUUACCACUUACUACUCCAUUGGUUUGUAUAAUGACAAAAUAAUGUGUCAUUGAAGUAUUGUACAAGGAUAUAUUCUAGUUGGAAUCAAGAUGACUUGUGAUGUCCAAGAUAA